UACACAAGAUAGAUACCCGACAUAUUUGCGCUCCAGUCAAGUUUAUUGUUCCAUCUUGGAGACAUUAAAGGCUGCAGAGUGCGUGUUUUUGUUAUAUGUCUGUGUAAUCUACAAAGUGUAACUGUAACAUGCGACUGUAAGAUCAAGCUGCACAUUUGGACCAAAACAAAUCGGCCAGAUGCAUGGUCUCCAUACAUGACCAUAUAACUAAACAUCAGCCCCAGUGUUUGCCCGGAUUACAAACACCACAGUAUCUCGGUCAUGUGUGAACUUGAACGUGAGGGCAGGAAAUAAAGCGCGCUCCUCCGCUUAGUGGCACAUCGUGCGUAACAGGGAAGUGAGCCUAACCUACUUUUCUACGUUGCUCAAAGUUGUCAGCGCUCAGGGAGAACUGCUCGGCGCUCAAAAUCCGUUUCUCUUCGGUUUAAAAAACCACGGUAGGAGCCUGAGCGUUCGAUUUUUAUGGGAACAACAUCUGCCUUAAAGUGAGCGAUGGAGGGAGGAAAUGUUCAGUAGGAUAUUUGGACUGGCGGAGUACUUACGAGAGGAGGAAGAGGAGACGGACCAUUCCACUUUUUCAAUGUUUUGAAAUCUCCAUUUAACUGAAGCCCUGCUUGAUCAUGGCCCAGUGGUUACACAUGUCCCAGCUGAUCCAGCGCCUACCUGAUGUCACUGUCAACAACCUCUAUCCCCCAACAGCCUUCCCCAUUGAAGUCAGACAUUUUUUAGCCGAAUGGAUCGAGAGCCAAAGAUGGGAUGACUUUGUGCAGGACAAGGUGGAGCAGGAGGGCCAGGCUCGAGCUCUGUUGGACCAGACCAUCAGCAUGCUGCAGUCGAUCGCUCAGCAGAAUGCCAAUGUGGUGGACAGGAUGAAGCUGAUGCAGAUCAGCAGGAACAUGACUGUGUUUCAACAGCAGCCUCUACAGUUUGGAGUAAUGGUCAGGGACAUCCUCAGGAAGGAGAGGGUGCUGCUCAACACGCCCACUCAGAUCCCCAACCAACCUCAGUACCAGCAGUAUCCGAGUAGAGAGUCCUCAUUCCCCAACAUGCAAGAUGUAGACCAUCUGGUUCUGAAGGUGCUGGAUGUCCAGGACAUCCGACAAAAGAUGCAUCAACUGCAAGAAGAGCUCAACUGGGAGAGACAGAACUAUGAGGGUUUACAAGGUCCAAUCCAACAGAAUGGACUGGAUCCCACAAAAUCAGAAAUCCAGAAACUCCAGAACCACAUCCAACAACUGGAGUACAAUGUGAAAGCAAUGGCCACGAAGCGUUUCCAGCUGCUGCAGGAGUGUGUGGACUGUCUGGACCAGUGUCAGACCCGACUGAUCAGCAGGCUGAAGGCAUGGAGGUGGGAGCAGCACAAAGCCGCCAUCGGACAUCCCUUUGACGAAAACCUCAACCCUCUUCAGACCUGGUGUGAGCAGCUGCUUGGUGUGAACGGGAAGCUGAGACAGGAACUGAUGCUGAUGGUGGAACCGAUCCCAGAGCUUCAGGAAAGGCUGGGGAAGCUUCUGCAGGUUCUGAUUCAAAGCUCUCUUGUUGUGGAAAAGCAACCCCCUCAAGUCAUUAAGACUCAGUCAAAGUUCUCAACCACUGUGAGAUAUCUGCUAGGGGAGAAAGUGGCCCCUGGAAAGCCCGUGGUGCUGAAGGCGCAAAUCAUUAAUGAACUGCAAGCCAGGAACUUGAGCAGUGUACCCGGUGAUAAUGUUGGGGAACUUAUCAACAAUACAGCCAUCUUAGAACACAACACAGCCAGCAAGAGCACAUGUGCCACCUUUAGGAAUAUGUCCAUCAAGAAGAUCAAGAGAGCUGACAGAAAGGGAUCAGAGUCUGUGACAGAGGAGAAAUUUGCCCUCUUGUUCUCCACAGAGAUCACUAUCACAGGCUGUGACACUCCAUACAGGAUACAGAUGAUCUCUCUGCCGGUGGUUGUCAUUGUCCACGGAAGUCAAGACAACAACGCUCUGGCCACCAUCAUAUGGGACUGUGCUUUUUCUGAACCAGACAGAGUGCCGUUCGUGGUGCCAGAGCGUGUGCCCUGGAGGAUGAUGUACAACACUCUCAACAGUAAAUUCACCACCGAGGUCCAGACGCAGCACAAUCUGGACCAAUACAACCAGCACUUCUUGGCCCAGAAGAUAUUCGACAAGCCUGACUUUGUCGACGACUUCAGCAGCAUGAUGGUUUCCUGGGCCCAGUUUAAUAAGGAGGUUCUCCCGGGUCGACCGUUCACUUUCUGGCAGUGGUUUGAGGGAGUAAUGGACUUGACCAAGAAGCACCUAAAAACCUACUGGAGUGAAGGGCUGAUAUUUGGUUUCAUUGGGAAGCAGCACCUACACCUGAUUCUCAAAGACAGGCCCAAUGGGACGUUCUUGCUUCGCUUCAGUGACUCUGAGAUUGGAGGCAUCACCAUUGCUUAUGUGUCUGCUACUGAGAACGGGGGCCAGAAAAUCCAAAAUAUCCAGCCCUUCACCAAGAGAGAUCUUGAGAUCCGUAGCCUUGGUGACCGCAUCCGUGACAUCGGUCACAUAACGCACCUGUAUCCUGAGUUCCCUAAACAUGAAGUUUUCAAAAAAUUCUACUCAGAGCCUCAGGCGUCGCCCAGUGGGGGUUACAUCCCUGUGUCACUGCAAACUAAAGUCGGCAUGGAAGCUGGCACAGCUGCACCACCACCUCCCACUAUGGCACCAAUGGCUGAUACCUUCCCCAUGCAUCAGUUCCCACAGCCGUUCAGCCCACAAGAGGCCAUCACUCAAGACAUGAUGGAAUCGCCCACUAAUUCUGAUGUGGACUUCACCUCAAACCCCUCUGUCGUCUUCCCUGAACCAAUUUCCACAGGUAACAAUAUGGACCUAGAUUUGGACAGUAUUCUCCAGACUCUGAAUAAUUAGGAAGAGUCUCCAUCAAAGCUGCUUUUUGAGUGUGAAGCAGACAGAGACCAAAGUCAAACUCAUCAGUCUAAUCUUCAUAUGAGAGAAAGUGCCAUUUGUCGUCAUCCAUCCCUCCAUCCCUCCAUCCCUGCAUCCAUCCAUCCAUCUAUCCAUCCACAGCUUCAGCUUGCUUUUGAGUUAAAACUUUUUCGGUGACACAUUUUAUUUCUCUGGGACUCAGUGUGUUGAAGCUGUCGAAAGAAGGAAACCCUUUAUGGGUAAAGUAAAACUAAGAAAAAACCAAACCGAAAAGCGCUGUCAUCGCUGUCCGUCGCCUAUCUGUGCUUUGUUUUGCAUCUUUUUUUUUUUUUGAAACCCCUCUCUCCCCUGGUGAUAGGUUUGUUGAUGUUGCUUUCUUUGUUUGGUUUAUUAGCAUUGAGGACAAUAAGUGGGUUACUGUACAGAUUACAGUGCUUUCCCAACAACAACCACACAUAUGUGACAGCAGACCACGUGUUGCUCAUGGAAAGGUAAAGGUAACAGGACAUCGUCACUCAGUGGACAGUGAGCUCAUAGAAAUUACUUUUUAGAGCCUGGAAAAUAUUGCUUUUGUGUUUGUUGCACAUUGUCUUAGUCAUGAUGAGGCAAGCAUAUUUGACUAGCAGUUCCCUAUUGUAUAUAACUCUUCCUUGUGAUUGAAAAGCCUCACAUAGUAUGUUAUGCACUCAGUAUAUAUCGUCAUAACUAAAUCAUGAGUCAGUCAGUGUUUGUGACUUAAACCUGGUCUGUGGUAUGAGGAGGAUUAGGAACACGAAAGGAACAAUAAGCUUUUCCACACAUGUUGAGUGUGAAACUGUACCACACUGAUGGAUAUUUACAAGGAAAGUGGUGAUGAUAAUGGUGGUGGGCAAUGCUUACAUUAUACAUUAUAUCAGAUAUAAGUAUGUAUCAGAUCCCAGUAACUAAGCACAAAUAUCACAUAUUACAUGCUGUAGAGUUGUCAUUUUUUGAUUUUAGAUUCUCUGAUACACACAAAAUGUUGUCUGUGAUGUGAUUCGUAUCUGUCUGCAGUCUUUUGAGAAAUAAAGCCACCUCUCCCUUA